AUAUAUAUAUAUAUAUAUAUACGUAUAAAUUUUUAUAAAUUUUCAUAAUUGAUCAAACAGUAUUAAUAAUAAAAUGAUGCCGUUUUAUGAAUCUGAUAAAUUGACAGAGGAUAAAUCAUUUAAUGAUGGGGAAUUUACAUUAUAUGUAAAUAAUUUACCUACAGAAUUAAAUAAGCAUGGAUUAUUACAAAUUUUCAAUCACUAUGGACAAAUCAAAGAAUAUUUUUAUCGUCCAAAUACUAAUUGGGCUUAUAUUAGUUAUAAUACAUAUCGAGAAGCAGAAAAUGCUAUAAAAGAUUUACAUAAUAUACCACCAUUACAUUUAAAAGUAUCAUUUGCCAAAGAAAAAGAUUUUAAUGGAAUUCAAUCUAUAAAAACAUCUACUUCUAAAAACAUUGAAGAAGAAAGUGAAAAUGUUAGUUCAAUACCUAUUACAUUAAUAGAUAAGGAAUUGAUACAAACAAGAGGACGAGGCAAACCCUUAGAUAUAUUUAAAAAAGUUCAACCAAAUCCAGGAUUACCAAAGUACAGUUAUACACCAGAUAAUGAUUUAUUGUAUCCAUAUCCUUCUGAACCAUAUACAUAUAAUCCAUAUGAAAAUGCAGAACCUUAUACAAAUACAAAUACAUUAUGGACAAGAGGACAAUUAACCAUUACUCCAGAUGGUAAGAGACAUGUUUCACUUGGUCGAGGCUAUACAUUAUAUGAAAUUCCAGAGUCUAAUCCUGAAAUUCAUAAUCAUAUUAACAAAGUAUAUGAAAAACGUAACUCUGGUUUAUAUGAAUAUGGAAAAGAUAUGUUACAAAAUGCAAUUGGAACAUGUAAAAUAUGUUUGAAAAAGACAAAAUAUACUUGUGAAAAAUGCCACACAUUUUAUUGUAGUAGAAAUUGUCAAGUAGCUGAUUGGUCACAACAUAAAAUAGAAUGUCAAGCUAUACCAGCUUUAGUAACAUCUAUACAUUCUAUGUCUACUUUUCAAUCAAAUAAUGAAGAACAAAUAUCUACUAGAAAUAUUUCUCAUAUUCAAAUACCUCUACGACGACCAAAAAAAUUAAUAAAGACAAUAACAAAUUCGAAUGAAAUUUCUAAUACUGUUUCAGAAAAUAAAGAUAUGAGUAAUAUAUCUGGUACAAUUAAUAACAAUAAUGAAAGUAAUAAUGAUUCAAAACAUUUAAAUACAAAAACUAUUAAUCAACAAAAGACAUAUAAGAAAAAUGAAAUAAUCAUUGAAGAAAAUAAUUCUUUUUUAUGUAAACAAUCAAUUAAUGAAAUUUUUAACAAUAAUAUUAAAAACAUAGAAGAAAUAGAUAGUCAAGAAAAUGUUAGAAAAUGGCAAAAAUUUAAUGAAAACGAUGUAACAAUGAUGGAAAAUGAAAUAUCUUUUUAUAACAAUACAUUUCUAUCCAAAACAAAAUUUACUGAUGUAACAAUAAUAAUGAAGGAAGCUUGUGAAUAUUGGGUCCAAAAAGUAGAAGAUCAGAAUUCUAUUUCUCAAUUAAUGACUGAAUUACAAAAAGAAGCACAAAAUGCACAAAAAGUAGAACCAGUAAUCGGAAAUAUUUGUGCUAUAGAAUAUGAAGGUGUAUGGCAUAGAGCUGUAGUUACAUGUUUAAAUCCCGUAAAAGUACAUUAUAUAGAUUAUGGUAAUGAAGAAAUUGCUCAAACAAAUGAUUUUCGUAAAAUUGAUAAAUAUAGGAACAUUCCAAAAUUUUGUACUAAAAUUCGAUUAUCACAAAAAGCAUAUGAAAAAUAUAAAAAUCUCAAAUUUGAGGAUGUAAUAAGUGUGAAAAUGAUAUCUAUUGAUGCUAAUAAAAUUAUUAAUGUCGAAGUUCAAAAUGAAAACGAUAUUUCAAGUUUAGAAAUAAUUAAAAAAAACAGCAAUCCAAAAAUGGACAUUUCAACCAAUGUAAAAAUUGAUAAAAAUGUGGUUUCUUCAAAAAUAGUAACUGAUAAUAAACUAUCAAGUUCUUUGAACAAAGUAAAAAGUAUAGUAAAUGCAGUAUCUGUUGGAGAAAAUGGUAUUCUAGAAAUUCAUGCAGAAAUAAAAAAUGAUACUUAUAGUAUUACAUUACUGCCUAAUAAUGCAAUACCUGAUUAUGAAAAAUUAUUAACAGAAUUACCUAUAAUGUGUGCAAAAGCAGAAUAUUCAAAUCAUAAACCAAAUGUGGGAGAUUUAAUAUGUGGUCAAAGAUUUGAUGGUGAUUGGCUUAGAGGUUAUAUUUUAUCUCUUAUACCACCUUUAAAAAUGGUUAUAAUAGAUGAAGCUAGAAUAAUGCCAAUUAAUAAAACUGUAACAUGUGAUAAAACUUUUUCAAAUAUUUAUGCAUUUGGUGCAAUAUGUGAAAUAAUUGAUACUAAACAUAAAUUUAAGGAAGGUGAUCAUUAUGAAUUUAAAGUGAUAGCACAAAACAUUAAUGAACAACAUGAAAUUGAAAUAGAAAUUUCGAAUAUUUCGAAAAGUCAAGAUAAAUUAAAAGCUAUUGUAAAACCUUGGAUACCAAUGCCUGAACAAAAAGGAUUACAAUAUGCUGAAUUGAAGAGUGGAUCUGAGGUAUGCCUUACUUCUUAUCGAAGUCACAAUGUUUUAUAUGCUCGUUCUUUAGAUACUGCAGAAUUAGAACAUUAUAAUUAUGUUAUGCAAAAUAUUGCAAAAUGCGCUCAAACAUCUCCAUUUUUUAAAAAACCGCCAGUUGUAGGAGAAAUGGUAAUUGCUAAAUUUGCCGAUGAAAAUUAUUAUCGUGCAAUUGUUACUAAAGUACAGGACAAUGAAAUUGUAAUUUCAUAUAUUGAUUUUGGUAAUACAGAAGUUACCAAUAUAAAAAAACUUAAAAUUUUAUCUGACAAUUUAAAACAGCUUCGAUCUUGUACAACAAAGAUUGUCUUAAAAGAUGUUCCUAUAGAUAUUCCUAUGACAAAAGAAGUAAGUGAUUAUCUAAAUUAUUUAACAGGAACUGAAGUUCCUUUAUUAUGUACAUUUGAUGGUAUACCUUCCAAAGAUGGUGUAUAUCUUAAACUUCAUAAUGGAGAAAAUGUUAAUAAAGUAAUAAGUGAAUUACUUGUACCUACAUUAAAAAAAAUUGAAGAAGACAAAACAUGUUAUAUGGCGGGUGAUUUAAGUACUAUUGACUUGGGAAAUAUUGGUGAUACUGUUGAAGCACUUGUAUUAUAUCCUAUUGAUGACAGUUAUAAAUAUGCAAUGUGUCCUUUAGAUUAUGAUCUAAUGACUCAUGUUUUUGAUAUAAUGCCAAAAAAGAUGACUGAAUAUUGUGAAGCAAAUGAUUACUAUAUUCCUCGUGAUACUGAACUUUGUCUUGCUUUUUAUGAUGGUGGAUGGUAUCGUGCCAUAUGUAUAAGUCGUAGCUAUACUCCUACAACAAGUGCUGUAUUUUUUGUUGAUUUUGGAAAUACUGAAUUUAUUGAUCAUAAAGAUAUACGACUUAUGCCAAAAGAUUUUAUGAGUCCUCAUGCACUUGCAAAUAUUUGUAAUAUUAUUAAUGUUGCAGCUAUUAAUGACAAUGGACAAUAUUCUACCGAAAUAGAAGAAAGAAUCAAAGAAUUAGUUGUUCCUGAUAAUUGUAUUAAAAUAAAAAUUAUUGAUCAUGAUUUGGAAUCUGGAAUAUACAAUGUGGAAUUACCAUUUAUUCGAGAUAAAUUAAUUGAAGAGAAUUUGAUAUCAGCUUAAAAAAAGAUUAGCUCUAAAAUAUUUAAAAUUAAAAUUAUUAAAAUAUUUUUAAAUAUAAUAGUUUAUUAAAUAUUUUUGUAAAAAUAUUUUUAUAUCUUUAUAUGCUGUUCUACAUUUUAUUAUUACUAAACUAAGUUUCAUUUAAUAUUCCAAAAAUUUAUUAAUCAGUAAUUAUAGCUUGUUAUUUAAUUGCUGUAUAAGAUUGAAAGAUUUUUUUGAAUAUUAUUUUAUAUUUUGUUAUCUUUUAUUUUAUUUCAAUAGACUAUUGUCAAUGAGAGAAUUUCUUCAAAAAAUGAUUUUUGCGACUUGAAAGAUGUUAAAAAAUAUAUUUUAUAUUUUGUAUACAAUUUAUAAUAAAUAUAAAAUAAAAAU